CGACAAUGAAUCAACCCAGCUACGAGUGCUACGCAUGCGCGUGGACGGGAGGUUUUCGAGCAGGCAGAUGCGUACUCCGCGAUGCAACGAUCCAUUCUCCGCGCAAGCGUCCACCAUCGCUCAAAGACUGCUUCGGGCCUGCUCAAAGUCGCGUCUGCAAUACAACGAUGGACAGAUCGUCGUGAUACGCGCGUGUCAUGACAAGGAGUUUAACGACACGCGCGAGGUGUGUCUGCAGGACUCGCUCGACUACAACGAAGCGUACAGCGUCGAGUCGUGCACAUGCUUCAGCGACGCCUGCAACGACGCCGCAUCACUGCGCCAGAGGGCGCCACUCGUCUUCGCCGCCAUGUUGGCUCUCGGUGCCGCCUCGUGGCGCUGCCUCUGACCGUGGAGAAUCUGACGUCGCAUCUCACCGCCAGGUGGCACUGUCAUCACCCCACGCAAUGGAAGAUGGGGGCAUAGGCGAUGAUGUAGAAUUUGUUUGAACACGAAGAAAGUGAUAUUGAUAUUACAAGUAAACUACGAUAAUACUAGUGCACCCUCCCUCGGUAGUUCAUCAAGGAAGCCAGUCCUCCCUGAUUCCCUGGUUUCCAACCCAUAUCAUUGAACCCAUCUAUAAAGUAAAUACGUAUAUAUUAUCAAGAGUCCAUCAUAGAAAAUUUUCUUUUCGAAAAUUCUAGUUGAAAUUUUUUUAUUAUGGACUCUUCUAUGGA